AAGAAGAAGCUUCUGACGUCAAAUAUGUGCGACCCAACGUGUUAGCUGAAGGACAAGCAGAAUCGAGUGGAGUGGUCGCACGAAAUAACUUCAGGGUUUCUUCUGGACAUUGUCGUCAUGGCGGUAUCAUCACUAUCGCGGGCUCUGCGCUCGCUGUCCUUCUCCCGGCCGGCUCUAUUACCUACCCAGACAGUAGGACAGACUGUGCUCCGGGCCCAGACCAGCUCCAUGUUGUCUCCCCCUCUAACCUGCUCUGGGUGGAGAGGCACUGUGCUCCGGGCCCAGACCAGCUCCAUGUUGUCUCCCCCUCUAACCUGCUCUGGGUGGAGAGGCACUGUGCUCCGGGCCCAGACCAGCUCCAUGUUGUCUCCCGCUCCUCUAACCUGCUCUGGGUGGAGAGGCUUCCUGACUACAACCUGUCUGGAGCAGAACAGAAACACAUGGAAACAGAGGGAGAAAUACUCCAUUAGGCCUAUAGGCAUGAAGAAGACUGGAGGCAGAGAUCACUCAGGGAGGGUUCGUACGCAUGGCAUUGGAGGAGGCCAUAAACAGAGAUACCGUUGGAUUGACUUCCAACGUCUCCGCUAUGAACCAGGCAGAGAGGAGCAGACCUUCGAGGAGAGGGUGGUGGAGGUCCGGUAUGACCCCUGCAGAUCUGCAGAAAUAGCUCUGGUGGCAGGAGGGAAGAGGAAGCGUUGGAUCAUUGCUACAGAGAACAUGCAAGUAGGAGACCUCAUUAAAACCUCUGGGAUUAUCGGCCGCAUGGCAGUUUCAGCUAAAGAAGGAGACUCGUUCCCCCUGGGAGCUCUUCCUGUUGGAACUCUGGUCAACAACCUGGAACUGUAUCCUGGGAAAGGAGCCACCUACAUCCGUGCUGCAGGUACGAGUGGAGUGUUACUUCGUAAAGUCAACGGAACAGCGAUUGUACAGCUGCCAUCUAAACAGCAAAUUCAGGUGAUUGAGACAUGCAUGGCAACAGUGGGACGGGUGUCCAACAUCGAUCACAACAAACGGAUCAUUGGUAAAGCUGGCAGGAACCGUUGGCUCGGCAUCCGGCCCUCCAGCGGCUUGUGGAAGAGGAAAGGCGGCUGGGCCGGACGCAAGAUCAAACCACUACCCCCCAUGAAGAGUUAUAUUAACCUGCCUUCAGUGUCUGCCAACUGACCAUGACACUUCUAUCUGCUCUGUAUCUGUCAACUAACAAUGACACUUCCAUCUGCUCUGUAUCUGUCAACUAACAAUGACACUUCCAUCUGCUCUGUAUCUGCCAACUAACAAUGACACUUCCAUCUGCUCUGUAUCUGUCAACUAACAAUGACACUUCCAUCUGCUCUGUAUCUGUCAACUAACAAUGACACUUCCAUCUGCUCUGUAUCUGUCAACUAACAAUGACACUUCCAUCUGCUCUGUAUCUGUCAACUAACAAUGACACUUCCAUCUGCUCUGUAUCUGUCAACUAACAAUGACACUUCCAUCUGCUCUGUAUCUGUCAACUAACAAUGACACUUCCAUCUCCUCUGUAUCUGUCAACUAACAAUGACACUUCCAUCUGCUCUGUAUCUGCCAACUAACAAUGACACUUCCAUCUGCUCUGUAU